AUGAGCGAGGAGAUCGUAACGCAAAAAGGCUGUGAUGACGUCACGGGGAUUGAUACCAUGGGAAAAAAUAAUGCUCCAAUAACAGAGAUAGCAAAUUUGAGAAUUGCAAACAAACAAAACAAUCCUUGUGAGGUGCGGUCUGAGACGUCAGAAAAAUUAAAGCAGUCCGUCGCGGUUGAAAAAGCGAAAUCGAGAGAGCAAAUUAAAUUAGAGCGUAAAACGCGAGCUAUAGAGGGAAAACUCAGAAAGGAAGCAAAGAAGGCAUUAAAACAAGAUAAAAAAUCAGCGAAUGAAGAGAAAUUAAGCGAAAAAUCUCAUGAUCGGGAGGAAAUUGGAGAUAAAACAAGUGGUCGACGACCUUAUAUCAAUCCAUUCACCAUUAAGAAAGAUCCAGGAGUUCCUAGUCGUUUUCGAUCUUCACAGCCUUUUAGGGCAGUUCAUUUUGAUAUAAAAACAUAUGAUGAGGAAAAUGAAGAAGACCCUUCUAAUCAGCCAUCAGUCUCAGAAACAGUCGCACCUGCGAUACAUAGUUCAUUUCUGGAGUUUGCUAGCAGGUGUAAAGCAAAACAUAUCAUUGGUAUCGAUGCAGUUUGCGUGGCGUUUGUGCAAUGUUUCAAACGCUUUUUAUCUCACUACGUUAUUUCACCCAAUCAGAUCAUGUCGCGUGAUCUCGACCAAUCCAUGCGACACCAGUUAGGGUCUUUGACUGAGAACGGAAAACAUCCAUUUCCGCCUGCACUGGGUAAUCUAAUACGGCAAUUAAAAAAAGAAAUUAGUCAGUUGCCAGAUUCCAUUUCUGAAGAUGAGGGGAAGGAACGCCUUUGUCACUGGUUAGACGAUUUUGUGCAUCAGAAUUUCGAGCUUGCUUUGCAAACAAUUUCUUCUUUUUGUCAGAAAAAAAUGAGAAAUUCAUUUUUUGUACUUACAUUUUCUUGGUGUCCAGUAGUGGAACGGAUUAUUUUGGAUGCUUAUGAUAACAAACUUAUUUUCCAUGUACACGUUUUGGAUUCACCUAUGCACCACAGAGGAAAACAAUUAGUAAAGACUUUAUGUAGUCGGAAAAUUCACUGCAGUUAUGCUAUGCUUUCUGCUGUUGGCUAUUUGAUGAACGAGUGUGAUAUGGUCUUGUUAGGGUGUUCUGCAAUUUUAUCGAACGGAUUUGUGGUAGCAGAUCGCGGUGCUAGUCAAGUGGCGUUGGUUGCAUCUGCUUCGAAUAUUCCAGUUUUAAUUGCUGCGCAAACAUGCAAAUUUGUGGACCGGGUGCAGUCAUUUGCUGGUGGUCUUCAUGAAGUGAAUGCAUUGAUGUGUGAUAGCAAGGAAGUUAUACCUGCAGAUUUGGUAACUGCAUUAGUUACGGAAUUACGUAUUAUACCACCGAGCUCCGCACCUGCUGUAUUAAAAGCUAAACAACUUGCUUUUGGCUUAUAA